AUGCUCAACGACCACUCGAAAGUCAGCAUCGCGCAAAUUGUGUUCUAUAUUCCAGCUAUUGCUGUCUCUGCAUACCUAGCAUGCUACCGCCACAACCGUCCGCGCAUGUCAUGGAUCAUCUUGCUGUUUUUCUCGCUCAUUCGAUUUACUGCCGGUAUUCUGGUGCUCAUCUACCAGUACAAGCCCAGCACCGGAGUGAUGGUAGCAUCUACUAUCCUUCUAAACGCCGGCGUGUUCCCCUUGGUAGCAGCUACAAUGGGCUUGGUCCGAAUUAUAGUGGCGAAUGAGGAUAAAUUAAACCCACAGAUCAGUCGGUGUUUACUUUUCUCCCGUGUGCUCUUUUUCGUGGGCCUCGGUCUUCAAAUUGCAGGUGGCUGUUUAGAGGGCAGUGACAGUGCCAGCAAUGUAGACAUUGGCGUCAAGCUCGUCAAAGCAGGGUACAGUUGUUUGGUGGUAUUUGUGGCUUGUCUGCUUGGUGUUCAGGGUUAUUUCUGGAUGCAUCUCUCAAGUCUUUCAAGGGAGAACAAAAUGAUUCUUCAAGCUAUGUCUAUCGCCCUCCCAUUCAUCGUUGUUCGCAUCACGUAUCUUUUCCUUUCGGUCAUCCACCCGUCUGAUCAUAGAUGGAAUGACUUGGCCGGUCCGAUUACCCCAUAUCUGCUGAUGGGUCUGGUCAUGGAGUAUGCUGUCUUUUGCAUCUAUCUCGCUACUGGGUUCAUCAUUCCUCGUCAGCGAGGCAAGAAAGCUGAGAGUACACAGGGACUUGGUGGUUAUUCAUCGGUGGAAGAGUCGUAA